UGGGAAAAAGUACUGUGGAAGAAGCAGCCGUACCCGGAUAACUAUGUCCCUGAUUCUUUCCUGUCAGCGCUGCAAACCAAUAGUGCGUACAUCCACUCCUUCCGACCAUUGUCGACGGCCACUUUGAUUCACUUUUCCCUGCCGAUUUCCAUUCACUUCAACCUCGUCAUGACGUUCAUCGGCACUUACAUACACCUCCUGAAUGGGAGCCUGUCUAGUCUCACGCUCUGCGUGUUCAGCACUUCGACAUCUGUACUCGGCUGGUCGUUGUGCACGGCAAGGCGCAGCAAACGCGGACCUGUAGCCCAGCAAGUGGGGCGCCUGCUUUCUCUGUUGCUGCUCGCGCUUGUUCUGUUUGCGCUCUCUCCAGUGCUGCGAACACUCACGGAGGCGACCACCUCGGACAGCAUCUGGGCACUCAGCGCUGCGCUGUUCUGCCUCAAUAUGGCCACCGCCGACUACAGCACGACUCACCUCGCAACUCGCUCUGAUGAAGGCAGAGGAAAGCAAGUGAAGGUCUCGCUGAAUGCAGCGGUCUGUGCGUCGGUCGUACUUGCUUCACGCUUGCGAUGGAAUGGCGAUGUCUUUGCACUGUUGUUGUUCAGCAUGCAAGUCUUUGCACUCGUCCCCAUCUUCCGCGCAAGGAUGAUCGGAAUUUUCACGAUUGCAACUCAGCGAGACGCGGGCGGAGGAGCGCGUAGCGCUGUGGCGAUCCAUAUCGGGAUGAUUGCCUUUGUCAGCAUCGUUUGCCCAAUGUGGAUGCGACACUUGCAGAGGCACAAGCGUAGACUCCAUGGUCCAUGGGACCCGGCUGUA